CGUCACCAUCUCCACCAAUGGCUGAGGUCGUAAGAAUGACGUUGCUAUCGCGAGGAUAUCACGUUAGCUCGGCUUGUUAGCCAGCCGCGGAAAAACCUCAUUGGGAGCCUGUAGUUUACAAAAUACUUCUUCCUGUAGUACCAAUAGGUCUUCUUCCUAUAAUUUUACAUUAUCUUCACGUCGACAAGGAAAUAAAUAAACCCUGGACCUUGCGUUUGGACGGCUUCCAAUGAUGAGUUAUGCUGAAAAGCCUGAAGACAUCACAAAAGACGAGUGGAUGGACAAAUUAAACAACGUGCACAUUCAGAGGGCAGACAUGAAUCGUCUCAUUAUGAACUACCUGGUGACAGAGGGGUUUAAAGAGGCAGCAGAGAAGUUUCGGUUGGAGUCUGGAAUCGAGCCGAGUGUGGACCUGGACUCUCUAGAUGAAAGGAUAAAGAUCCGAGAGAUGAUUUUGAAGGGACAGAUCCAGGAAGCUAUAGCACUCAUCAACAGCCUACACCCGGAGCUGCUUGACACCAACCGAUACUUGUAUUUUCAUCUGCAGCAGCAACAUUUGAUUGAGCUCAUCAGGCUAAGGGAGACGGAGUCAGCGUUGGAGUUUGCUCAGACACAGCUGGCCGAGCAGGGGGAGGAGAGUCGUGAGUGUCUCACAGAGAUGGAGAGAACGCUCGCCCUUUUGGCCUUUGAUAACCCGGAAGAGUCGCCCUUUGGAGACCUGCUCAACAUGAUGCAGCGGCAAAAGGUGUGGAGUGAGGUGAACCAAGCUGUGCUGGACCAUGAAAACAGGGAGUCCACUCCCAAACUAGCUAAACUCCUCAAGUUACUGCUGUGGGCACAAAACGAGCUGGACCAGAAGAAGGUGAAAUAUCCUAAAAUGACUGAUCUGAGUACGGGAACCAUCGAGGACCCCAAGUGAACAAACAAACAAGGAAGGCCUCUUAGGUUAUAAUCAGAAUGUGUGACAACCAUAGCGAUGUUGCACCUGGUUAGUGGGUUAAACCGGGAUUCUUUAUUUAUUUUGGUUAAACUUAGUCAUGACUGUUGCACGUAACCAUCAUCAUGUAUGUUGCCAUGGAGAUAUGUUUUGUGAACAGUUAAUUCAUACUGUAUGUUCAUGCAACUAGUGUUAUUAUUUUAACAGUAUUCCCUUUAUUAUUUUAUGUGUAGCAAUACAGUUACUGAUUAUUUUUUAUUCCUGUUGAAUACAAACAUGGAAUAUCACUCCUCUUCCCCCCAAAAAAAUCUAUACCUUCUAUCACUGUUUGGUCUACAUUGUAACAUUUGUGCUACCGUUUUUGUGCAAUCCAGUCACAACUACAUUCAGCCAUGAUAACUAAAACUGGCUUAAAUCGCUAUCUCGAACGACAGCUUAUUCUUAAUAAAUAAAUGCUAUGUUUUAUUUCA